AUGCCUAAGUCUAAGUCUAAGUCUCGCUCUGCUCCCAAGCGCCCUAAACCUUACUCUCCUCCUGCUGUCCCGCGCUUGGUCCCUGUGUCUUGGCUCCGCACUGUUCACCCUGGCAGGAUCCUCUCUCGUCCUCCUCCCUCUGCUUAUUCUCUUCCUCCUCACUCUGCUCCUCCUUUGCCCUCCUCUGCCCCUCCUCCUCCUGGGUGUCUUCAGCUUACCUCUCUGACUGACUCUUGGUUCGCUCCUGUUCCGUGCGUCCGUAAAGUUCCCAGACGCACUCCUCAAAUCUCUAAAUCUACCUCUGUCCCUAUUGCCCUGCAGUCUGAGCCCACACCUGCCAUCCCUGGACCUUCCUCUGCCUGGGCGGUGUCUGAGAAGGCCCAGAAGCACAAGCGCAAAAGGUCACGUGAGCCGGACGCCAAACAUCCACCCAAAAAGCACAAGUCUUGUUAA